CUUGUAAACUUGUUUAAACUUUAUCACCUCUCCUCCAGUGGAGGUUCUCUAGAUUUGGUGAAGAACUACGGUGAUAUCGAGAAGUUCAGAAAGGCAACGGGUGCCUCCUCCGUCAUGUUGGCCCGUGCUGCCAUGUGGAAUCCAUCUGUGUUCAGCAGCCAGGGACCACUUCCUGUGGGAAAAGUCAUGGAGGAAUACAUUAAAUAUGCAAUCAGAUACGACAACCAUGCUUUUAACACUAAGUAUUGCUUGUGCCAAAUGUUAAGAGACAAGGUGGAGUCUCCGCUAGGGAAGCAAGUGCAAGCGGCACAGACCAAUGCUGAGAUAAGUGAGGCAUAUGGACUGCAUAAGUUUUACGAGGGGAUCCAACAACAGCUGCAGGCCAAGAGGGAUGCCCUUCAGGGCAGCAGUAAGCCUGAAAAACCCAUAAUGGAUGGAGACGUGACCACCAUUUCUGUCAAGUUUGAACGGUAA